CUCGGGGGUUUGCUUGGAGGAGAGCGGGAGGACUGAGGCUGGAGCCGGACCGGGGCAUGCCUGGAAAGAAAGAAUCUGAGUUUUGAACACUGUAAUUCAUUUCUACAGUUGGUUAUAAGAAAAAGAUCACAGAGCAAUUCAUCAAUAUGAAAAUGGAAUGUCAAGAUAUCACAAUAGGGGAGGGGCCAGCAGGGAGGGGAAUGGCUGCUCAUGACCUCCAGGAUGGGAAUAGCGGAGGAUUCCUUCGAAGGAGACCAGGAGCUCCAGGGCAUCAUCCAGCAGCAGAGGGUUCACUUUCCAUUUCGCAGUGGGAAGCCCAGUGGCAGGAGUUCCUCAGGACACUGGAAAACCCUCACUCUGGAUGGGGAAGCCCCCACUUGCCAGCAAAACCUUCGCCCUGGGAUGACGCCAAGGCCUUUCUGGCCUCCUUUGAGCAAGUGGCUGACGCCUGUCAGUGGCCCCAGGAAGAGUGGGUGACCCGACUUCUGCCAGCCCUUAGUGGAGAAGCUGAGCAGGCCUUUAACGGUCUGGAUGUCAGAGAGGAUUAUGGGAAGGUGAAGGCAGCCAUCUUGAGAGCAGAUGCGCUAAUCCGGGAGAAGCAGCGCCAGCAGUUCAGGCGUUUCUGCUACCAGGAGGCCGAGGGGCCACGGGGGGCUUACAGCCAACUCCGGGAAAUGUGCCGUGGGUGGCUGAGAGUGGAGAAGCACAGCAAGGAGCAGAUCCUGGAGCUCUUGAUCCUGGAGCAGCUGCUGACUGUCCUGCCCCCGGAGAUCCGGAGCUGGGUGAGCGAAGGCGGCCCUGAGAGCUGCUCCCAGGCAGUGGCCCUGGCUGAAGAGUUCCUCUUACGGCAGGAGACGCAGGUGCCCUUGGAGGAGUCAUCUGGGAGGGUCUCUGAGGAAGGCCAGGAUCCAUCUGAGAUUGAGCAGAGGCAGCUCACGCUGGUGGUCAAGGAAGAAGAGGAUGGAGAAGCCAGCCCACUAGCAGGAGCUGUAGAGGAGACAGUUGAGGAAUUUCAGGGAUUCUCAUUGAAUAAGGGCAAGAACGAAGAGUCUAAAGGAAACUUCAGGGUUCGAACUCGGCCACUGAGGCAGGAAGAAAGCCAUGCAGAGAAGAUGAGGGAUAAGCCCAUUCCUUGCCAAGAAGUUGGAUUCCAUGAAAUCCCAGUCCGAGCAGAAAGAUCACCCCAAAAAAGAAGGAACGAAGGGCAUGAAAAUGAAAGUAUGGCAUCUGGAACGACCUUCAUUCAGAGCAUGAAUGUUAUUUCCCAUCUAGACGUUCCCUCAGGAGAGAAACCAUAUAGUUGCUUGGAGUGUGGAAAAGGCUUCAGUUGGAGAUCAGCCCUUGCUUCACAUCAGAGGAUUCACUCAGCAGGGCAUGAUCAGGAGAAUGAGGACAAUGAGGAAUGGCUUCAGUCAUCCCCAGAAAAAGCAAAGGAUGAAGAGCUGAAAGGAAAUGUCAGUAAUCAAGGCGGACCCAAGAGGCAAGAGGGAAGCUACACAGUGGAGAAGAGGGAUAAACACAUUUCUUGCCAAAGAGAGGAUUUCUGUGAAAAAAUUCACAUGUUGGAGGAAACAUACAAGGGCUUGAAGUGUGGAAUGAACUCAGAUCAAACUCAACAUAAUAUUCAUUUGCAAAAACACAAUGGAAAAAAGACCCAUAAAUGCUUGGAGUGUGGAAAGAGCUUCGGGCUCAGAUCAAACCUCCUUGUUCACCAAAGAAUCCAUACAGGGGAGAAACCUUUUGAAUGCCCUGAGUGUGGAAAGAGCUUCUUCAGGAACAGUGAUCUUCAACGGCAUAAAAAAACCCACACAGGGGAGAAACCUUUUGAAUGCUCAGAGUGUGGAAAGAAAUUCAUUCAGAGUUGCCAUCUUCAGAGACAUCAAAGAAUCCACACAGGGGAGAAAUCUCUUGAAUGCUCAGUAUGGAAAGAGAUUCUGGGAAGAGAAGAUUCUGGAUCAAUUGGAAAUAAUUCAAAAUUACUUUACGAGACAGAUCCUCGUAUUGCCAAAGGGUUCUCCAGUUGCACAAUUGAGGGCAGAGCUUGGUAUUCCUUCUCUGAAAGUUAGGGCAAAUUUUAGAGUUCUGUCUUACUGGAAGAAGUAUCUAGAGUGCCCUCAGGAUUCAUUGGGAGACCAAAGUUUCUGUUCUCUUUUGAAUCACGUUAAAACCUGUAAGGAAUAUCUAGGAUUUAUACAGUCUAAGUAUGUAAUACCGAAUGACCUGAUCAGAUCUAAUAGAUCAGGUCAUGAGCGGAGGAAUUGGGUCUUUAAAAUGGAUGGGAAUAUAGAUAGAUAUGCAGUUGUUCAAUCUGAAGUGGCCCUUUCCUGCAAUUUUUUUAAAAAAAAUCAUACUAGGUCACCAUACCUUAAGACCUUAACAACAGUGAAAUUAAGGAUGGCCUUUACCAGCUUAAGAUUUCUGGCUAUGUCUUCUGCGGUAUGCAUGGGCUGCUUUCUAAAUGUUCCUGCCCCUCUAUGACUUUGUUUGUGUGGUAUGGGAGAAGUAGACGAUUUGAUUCAUUAUGUCCUGAGAUGCCCUCUCCUUUUGGACCUCAGAAACAAAUUUAUUUCUAAUAUUUUGUCCUUGUUUCAGAUAUGGAAAAAGUAAAAAUUUUUUCAGCUGAUGAGGACUCUUAUGUUUCUAAUAGAGUUGCUUUGUAUGCAUUAGCAGCAAGAAAGAUUAGAUUGAAAUGUAUGGUGUAAUAGUACAAUUGUGUUGCGAAUAUGUUUUAAUCUGGUUCUGACCCUGUCUGUCUGUGUUCUGUAAUAUGGUGUAUUAAAUUGUUAUGACCUAUGGUUGAUACAAUAAAAUACAAUUACUAAAGAG